AUGGAUAGGCAGUUGGCACUGAGAAAAGGUACUUGGACUAAAGAAGAAGAUCAUCUUCUACGCCAAUGCAUUGAGAAGUAUGGAGAAGGAAAGUGGCGCCAAAUUCCCCUUAGAGCAGGUCUAAGAAGAUGCCGAAAGAGCUGCAGGUUGAGAUGGUUAAACUAUCUCCGCCCCAAUAUCAAAAGAGGAGAGUUGACACAAGAUGAAGUUGACCUCCUCCUCAGGCUUCACAAGCUCUUAGGCAACAGAUGGUCCUUAAUCGCUGGUAGGCUUCCGGGAAGGACGGCCAACGAUAUCAAGAAUUACUGGAACACUCAUUUCACCGGAAAGACACCUGCUUCGAAACAGGAAGUGAUGGAAGCCAGAAGUCCUGUAAGCAAGAAAGUCGAAGUCAUAAAGCCUCGGCCAUGGACCUUCCCCAAAAGUUCACCUUGGCUGUUGGGAAGAAGAUUAUCUACUUCAACCUCGCCUGACUUAUCUGCUAUUAAUGCAGGUACUACUAGUAAUUCAAGAGAAACAUGUCCUAUUCUCCUUAGUAUUCAAGGGGACACUAGGGUAGAACAGGAAAGCGACUCUUUAGAUAAAGAAUUGGAGAAAGGCAAGACAGGCUGUAUUAGUGAAUGUGCAGAAGAUCUGAUUAGAAGUCUCUGGGUUGAAGAUUUGCAGCCAAUGAUAGAAGUUGGAAACGAAACUUCUUUGGAAGAAGGUAGCAUAGGUUGGAAUGAUGACUUCUUUUCGGAUUUCAACUUUUGGGAUACACUGUUAGUUGAAGAGGAACUUGUUUAA